CUGAACCCACAGAGGAACCAGCUGAGCAGCACAGGACCACACACAGUCUCACUGAGUCAGAAGACAUGGAGGAUGGGAAGCCUGAUCUGCUGCUGGUCAAAGAGGAGACAAUAGAAGACGGACCAGAGAGCAUUGAUCUGCUGAAUGGACUAAAGAUGGGGGAGCAAGGUGGUUGGCUGGAGGCUAACAGAGGAGACUGGGCGGCCAUCUUGGAUUCCCAGACCCAGAUGGGUGCAGCCAAGGGCCCAGGGGAUGACAUCACUGAGCAGGGCAGGACCAGAGGCAACAUAGUGGAGCCUGCAGUCCAUGAGGACCGGCUGUUAUCCGGUGUUGCUGGUGGGAGAGACUGGACCUCUGAAGCAGCUGGUCACAAACCCUGGCCCCUGAUCAGGACCCUGGAUCAGGAGCCGUCGCGCUUCCUUCCCAAGUCGGAACCAGGACUGAACCACGAGGGACAGAGACUCCACCACACAGAACACAACCAGUGGACAGGUGGACUGAACAACCUCAGCCCUGGUGGUCAUCAGAGAGACAGAGGCUCCAGUCAGGGAUCCAGUCUGCAGCCCAGACCCUUCUCUUCACAGUCUCAGUGCAGGGAUGAAGCAGGGCCUGGGGCUGAUAGAGAUAGACCCUCCUGUUCCUAUGAUACAAACACCAUAGUAUCCAUGAUGAACAGAGCAGGUUACCCUGGGAUUCAGCCUUCAUGGAGAGUGGUGGGAGACCCCCCUGGUGGUAGUCUUUCGGGAAGUAUGUCUUCUCCUUCAGAAUCUCAUCUAAUGCCCGGUGAAUGGGUUCAUAGAAGACCCGGACCUGGGUCUAGCCUUCCUCAGUUACCUCAUGGUUACCCCACCAAUACAGACAAGGUCAGGAUGGGCAUUCACCACAAGAGGUACUUAGCCUAUAACACAACACACAAUCCCAACAACACCCAAACAAUGACUAGAGGUCAAGGAGGGAGCUCAAAGACUAACCACCUGAAGGUGGUGACUCCUGCUUCUACCUCCUCUGACGUCAUUGGUUCACAACAUGGGAAGUCAAGCAUUAGGACGGACUCCGACAAGCCGUAUGCCUGCCCCACGUGUGGGAAGCGCUUCACUGAGGCGACUUAUGUGAAGAGGCACCAGACCGUUCACACCAAGGAGAGGCCCUUCAAGUGCAAACUAUGUUACAAGAGCUUCUCCUUCCUGAGUAACCUCAUCAGACAUCGGAGUAUUCACAACGGGGAGAAAUCGUAGCAGUGUGGCUUGAGAUGUGCACAGGGGAUAUCUGGGAACCAUUCUUUAGCUGACAUAUUAUAGUUAUCAUGUGAAGUGAUCUGGGAUAAGAGGGUUUUUUGGUGAUGACUGAAUCCCUCAGUUGAGCAUCUGGGUGUGCUCAUAUUCUCAGAUGAUAGACUUGUUGUUUGGUGUGCUGGCAUAGCCAAAAUACUGUCAUUGAAGUGUAACUAUAAUCCCCCUAUGAAUUUCUCUUUGUCUAUGUUCUAUUCAUAACAAACAUAAUGUCCUUCUUUAUAACACCCACUCCCCCAAAACAUUUGACAUAAUCAGGUGGUACCUGUUCCUUUAUGUACUAUAAAUAGGUGAUCAAAUCUGUUAAUAAAUACAAAUUAAUGUUGUCCUUUUGACAUGUUGACUUUUUGUUUUCUUGUUUAUCAUUUACAAUUAAAGUGGU